UCCCGAAACCGACUUAACCUAUUUUCCCGAAGCCCAAAGCACCACCCUUUCUUAUUCCUAUCCUUUUGAUCAAAUAAAAACCCUUCCUUAGCAACGCAACAGAAACCACUGCUCUUCUCCACAUCCAGUGGCAAUAAUUAUAAUAAAUAAUAGCUAAUAAAUAUAUAUACAUAUGAAAGUACCAAAAAGUCCAGAAUCAUCUACAAUCAUCAUCUCGGUCGUCGUCAUCGUCGUCUACAUCUGAAACCCUAGUUUCAGCCACUGCACUGAAACUUGUUCAAUCCCCCCCCCCCCCCCCCCCCCUUCUCCGUCGUUCCCUUUCUCUUGUUGCUGCUUUCAGACUUUUUUUUAUGAUAACAGACAUACAUAUCUAUAUACUUUUUAUAUCAGAUCAGGUCAGAUCUUAAGCCUAUUGAGAUCGGAGAUACGGUUGUUAGCGGCCGACCUUUGAAGAGGAUGAAGAGGCGCGUGACGGCCGACCUUAACGACUUCCUGACGUUUCCGCCGCCGACUGCCGGUGGCGGACCUCCUUUCAGGACCAGCAUCAGCGCGUUCCUCUCCAAGCACGCCGUGCUGCCUCCUCCUUCCUCGCUCUUCCCCCACCUCGCUUGGCAGAUGCUGUUCCGCGUCGGGGAUCUCACGGCCGACGACGGCCCCGACGCCAACCCAGCCGUCGUGUGCCUAGAUAUCGUCGAGGAGGACGUCGCUAGAUCCAGAUCCGUUUACUGUGACCAGUGCCGAGUCGUGGGUUGGAGUGGGAAUCCGGUCUGUGCAAAGCGUUACCAUUUCAUAAUUAAGGCAGAUUGGGGUUCCAUUGGUGGACAUCACAAGUCAUGUGCUAGCUGUGGGGACGUUCUGCACCUCUCUGAGUCCAGGUGCAAGUCUUGCAAUCAUGUCAUGACUACAAAAGAUGUGGAAGAUUGGAUGUAUCACCAACUAGAAGAUACAACACAUCUUCUGCAUGGUGUGAUCCAUUCAAAUGGUUUUGGGCACCUUCUUAGGGUCAAUGGUAGAGAAGGUGGUUCAACAGUGCUUUCUGGAUGUCAUAUCAUGGAUUUCUGGGAUCGUCUAUGUAGAUAUCUCGGAGUCAGAAAAGUUAGUGUUAUGGAUGUCUCAAAGAAGUAUGGAUUGGAGUAUCGGCUACUAUGUGCUGUCACCAAGGGCUGUCCAUGGUAUGGUGACUGGGGUUACAAGUUUGGUGCCUGUAGUUUUGGUCUUACUGUUGAUGACUAUAGAAUGGCUGUAGAAAUGAUCUCGAGGCUACCAUUGUCCAACUUCCUCUCUCAAGGACGUAAACCUCGCACUCGCCUGCAGGAUGUAAUCUCAUUUUAUCAGUCCUUGUCAGAGCACGAGCUUGUAAAUGUUAGAGACCUUUUCUGUUUCUUGAUGAGUUUGAUCCAUGAUGAGCAUGGGGAUUCAUUACAAUUUGGUGAUGCCAUCUCCAAGAAACGUCGAUUUUGCACCUCAAGUACAUUGUGUGCGUGGACCACCACUGACAUCAAAAGGGUAGAAGAAGCAAUGUUUAGAGUAUUGCGUGCAGUUACUGGGCCUACCUGGGUUACUUGGCGCACCCUUAGAGGCGCUGUCUGCAAAGUGGCUCCUCCGGAGCUCCUGGAUUACUGCCUCAAGGAAAUCAAAGGGAAGUGGACUGCUGAUGGGAUGGUUGUGCAUGCACAGUGCAAUCCUGAUUCAGGUGCUAUUGAGUACAGACUUGAACCAGCUGGAAGUCUUGCAGGGAAUCCAAAUCCAACAGAGACCAAUUGUGCAGUAGUGACAAAUUGCCCUUGCAAAGAACAUUUGCUGCAGGACCUGAAAUAUCUAUAUGAAUGGCUUCUCCACCCUCAAACCAUGCUCAACUACGGACCUCAGGCAAAUAGAGAUGUUGCAAUCAGCUCAGCUACAAAAAUUCUGGACUGCAAGCAGUUUGUUAAAGAUUACAGCAGUCCAGAAAAGAAGUUGGAAAGUGAGAAUCCAUUUGUGAUCCAGCUCUGGUGUGGGGUGGAAAUAGCAGGAGGGGAAAACUGGGAAGAGAAGGAGGCUGUGACAGAUGUGCCUCUUGAACGGCUGGUGCUGUCAUCACCAAAUGCGACGGUUGGUGACGUGAAGAUGGAAGCAUCGAGGGCCUUCCAGGAAGUAUAUUUGAUGUUUAGAAGAUAUCGAGCGGAAGAGGUAGUUGGGUAUGGCGGAGUUGAUGAUUCGACGCAGGUGAAGCUGUUGUUAGGGUCGGCAACAGAAAUGGUUCGAGUUAGGGGGAGAUUGAUGGGGAAAAAUUGGGGGGUGAGUAGAUUCAGGAUGGAGCGGGGGAUGGAGAGGUGGAUCGUGGAGUGCAGUUGUGGGGCGAAGGAUGAUGACGGGGAGAGAAUGCUGGCUUGUGAUGUGUGUGGAGUCUGGCAGCACACUAGGUGUGCUGGGAUUCCAGACUUGGAUCCGGUGGUUCCCGUCAGAUUUGUUUGCUACAAGUGCAGCAGCAACAACAGCCCGGUGACCGUAGGUGGUGGUGCUAGCAGCAGCAACAACAGCCAUGUGACCGUAGGUGGUGGUGCUAGCGGCAUCUUCUGCGACGACACUGGCGGUGGAGGUGGCAGCAAGUAAUGCUGCCGUUUCCGGGGGGUGGUUGUACCUGACUCUUGAGGGUGCAGUUAUCCUUCCUGUAAAUGUUUCUUUCUUUUUUUGUGUCCUUUGUUUUUCUCUUGAUUUUUCUAGUCUUUUUCUCUUGUGCUGGGGGAGGAGGGGAGGGAGGGAGGGAGGGAUGGAUGGAUGGUUGUUCCUUGGGGGCAUAUAUGAAAGAAAAACUAUUGUGUAUAAGUAGAAGACUGACAGGAGAGGGGGGCUUCAAGAGAUUGCAUGCAGAGUUGGUAGUUAGUUCAAUGAAUGGCUUUU